GGUUUGUGAUCUUUGUCAUAUUUGUUGCCUGUGGAUUUGUGAUGAUACAGUAUUGAAAUUAAUUGUUGUGUGUAGUGAAUGUGUCAAACGUUAUUUGUGGAUGGGCAUUGACUAGUGGUCUCACUUAGUUUGUGGUCAAAUCGUGCGUGCUUCGUAACAGUAAUGAGAUGAUGACAGCGAAGAGAAAAAACUAUUGACUGAUCUGAAAGUGAGAUGUGUAUUGCAGUGAUGUGGUAUAUAGCUGCUGUAGCACCAACCGAUUACCAUCUUUAAUCGUUUAAAAAUUGUGUCUAGGCGAGCUACGAAAAACUGAAGUGCAAUGUCUGGACGACCACUGAAGUGCCCACACUUGAACAGCGUUGAUGUUACACAUGCAGAUAUUGAGAAAGCGAAGGAGAUCAGCAAAUGUUCACUUUGUGAGUCUCGUGGACCAAACCUGUGGCUUUGUGUCCACCGAGGCUGCUUACAGAUCGGCUGCGGAGAAGUACAUAAUGAUCACAGUACGGCACAUAACAAAAGCAAUCGUAGCCACUGUGUACACCUGAAUUUAUCAACGUUGCGUGUAUGGUGCUACCUCUGUGAAACAGAAGUGUUACUUGAACUGCCAGAUACAGGGUCAACACUGAGUUGCAAAGUUCCUCAGGUGUACAAUGCACCAUCAGUUCCUUCACCUGCUGGAUCGAUAACAGGAGGUCACUUUGGCGGAGGAGAGUCGGCUGAGAGCAGUGAUAGUGAUAUCAGCAACCAGGAGGAUGAAGGCAAACCCAGGGGACUCACAGGUCUGCAGAAUAUCGGCAACACAUGUUACAUGAAUGCUGCAUUGCAAGCUCUGUCGAACACACCACCGCUGACACAGUUCUUCUUGGACUGUGGGGCCUUUGUGACAAGUCGCACAGGAACAACAGGUUCUGGUGAUAAGAAGCCUGGUCUUUCACGAUCGUACCACAGGUUAAUCCAGGAGAUGUGGCAUUCUCGCCGUCCAGGAUAUGUUGUACCUUCUGCCAUUCUGUAUGGGAUCAGAAAUGUACAUCCAAUGUUUCGUGGCUAUCAGCAACAUGAUACCCAGGAAUUCUUGCGAUGUUUCAUGGACCAGCUGCAUGAAGAAUUGAAGGAGCCAGUAGUGGAUAUUUAUCCGGAGAAACCAGUUCCCCCUCAUGAUGACAAUCAGCACAUUAGGCGAAAUUCCUUUGAAGACAUUUCUGAUGAGGAUGAUGAACAUACUGGCGGUAGAGGAAGUGGAGGCGGCGGAAACUCUAGCCAAUCUGAAGCUGAAUAUGAAACAUGUGAUUCAGGUGUGAGUGAGAGGUCUUCAUUAAGUGACGAAGGGGAAAGAUCAUCAAGCAAAAACAGUAUUCACAGAUCCAGAUCUCCAUCUCCUUCUGAACGUGGGUCACGUCUGUGCAAACCUACUUCAGCAGCUUGCAAUCGUGGGCCUUCCUGUUUGCCGUCUUCUGCUCCCGGGCCUGGAGCGUCACGCAAGAAACACCCCGUUAAGCACCGGAGUAUCAUUUCUGAUGUAUUUGACGGAAAGCUGCUGAGUUCUGUGCAGUGCCUUACAUGCGAUAGGAUAUCAACACGUGUUGAGACUUUCCAAGACCUAUCAUUGCCGAUUCCAAGCAGAGACCACAUUCACAUGUUACAUCAAGGCUCCUUAACUCCACAGAAAGGAGGACUCUCAGCUUGUUCUGAUGUCUACACAGGAGACCAGGGUUGGGUAUCCUGGAUCUGGGAAUGGGUACGAAGCUGGUUUUGGGGUCCCACAAUCAGUUUGCAUGACUGUCUUGCUGCGUUCUUCAGUGCAGAUGAACUUAAAGGCGAUAAUAUGUACAGCUGUGAAAAGUGCAAUUUACUUCGAAAUGGUGUCAAAUACUCCAAAGUUCUGGAGUUGCCAGAAGUUCUCUGCAUCCAUCUGAAGCGAUUUCGGCAUGAGUUAAUGUACAGCUCCAAAAUUGGAAGUUAUGUAUCUUUCCCUCUGGAAGGCCUUGACAUGAGACCCUACCUACAUAAAGAUUGUGUCUCUCAAGUCACUAGUUAUGACUUGAUGUCCGUGAUUUGCCACCAUGGAACAGCUGGUGGUGGCCACUACACCUGUUACUCCCUGAACUGUAUCAGUGAGCAGUGGUUUGAAUUUGAUGACCAGUAUGUUACACAAGUGUCUCCUGAAACAGUCCAGAACUGUGAGGCAUAUGUUCUCUUCUACAAGAAGUCAUGUGACGAGAUUGGAAAGAAACGCCAGCGAGCUGUUGAACUCAUUGAACUCUCAUCCAAUGAACCAUCUCUAGAUUUCUAUGUCUCCAAGCAAUGGGUCAACAAAUUUAACACAUUUUCAGAGCCAGGUCCGAUAGACAACUCUGACUUUCUUUGUGCUCAUGGCAGAGUGCAGCCAUCCAAAGCUGCAGAUAUGCACCAGCUGUGUACCAUAUUAUCACAGCCAGUGUGGGAGUACCUGUAUGAGACGUUUGGUGGUGGUCCUGCAUGCAACUUUCUCCGUGCUUGUGCCACAUGCCAAGAAGAACAAGAAGUUUUACAGAAGCGUAUAAAACAAGAGCUCCAGGAAUUCAUGCAGCUCAUCAAAGAUUUUCAGGCUGACGAAGGACCAAGUGUGAUAUAUGCCAUAUCUAUGAGCUGGUUUCGGCAAUGGCAAAAUUUUGUUCGUGGCAAAGAACCUGAGCCUCCUGGUCCCAUUGAUAACAGUUCAAUUGUCACAACCAAGAAUGGACAGCCUGUUGUCAAGAUGGUUUCAGAUUAUGCUCAGCUAUCAGAAGAACUGUGGUAUUUCUUUAAACGCAUUUAUGGAGGAGGACCUGAAGUUGUGUUUCGGUCACCAUAUGCAGGAGGUCCAGCAGUGAGUUGCACUACUGCUUCAGGCAUUGGCCGACCUUGUUAUCCAGGUACAGUGUCGGCAACACCUGAUGGGAGUUUGGCAGCUGCCAUUAAGGCCCGCAGCACAGACAACAUAGAUACUGGGCUAUAUUCAUCUGCAAAUACAGCUGUUAUGGGCCGACAGACCAGAGCUCAAAGUGCCAGUUCUGACAACACAGCACUACGUUCAGCAGCCAGGAAUGCUUCAGUGCACAGAAAGCAGCAACAACAACAACAAUCAUUAGAUACAACUGUGGAUAUGGGUACAUAUUAUCAGAACUUCUUGUGCAAGCACAAUGAUUUUUCAUCUGGAUCAUUUGGUGUUACCAUUACUGCUGAUGACCCGAUGCAUCCUGCACCGGUGACUUCAGAAAAAGACUCUGGAAUAAUCCUUGGUAAGGAACUAGGAGCCAGCGACACAUUGUAUUCCCCAGUCACUGAAACUAUUGUGCAGAACACUUGAACAGAAUUGUAACUUGUAUGCGCUUUCAGUUCACUAGUCAUGUUGUACAUUGUAGUUCUGUGAAGUAUGUAUAAAUAGGGCUUACUUGUGUUACAGUUAAAAUAUGACAUACCGACAAAGACUUUUUCACCAAUUCAUUAGAUGUAAUUAUAGACUUUUGUUGAUAAAUGCCAUUGCAAAUAAAUAUAUGCAUUUAUGAUAUGUCUUGUUCCUCAUAUAUAUAUAUAUCUGGCAAAAUUUUCACUUUCCUGUGCAAAAUUAAUCAAUAUUUUGCUCCAUUGGAAAGGAAGAAUUGCAGAUGGGAAUGUAGCAAUGAGGGUAAUGAAUUUGUACAAGUAUUGUGAAGGAAAUGUGUUCAUUUCUCAGUUUAUGUAAAAUUCUUACUGCUCUAUUGUUCGGGCUAAAUUAUAUGCUAUGUGUAGAUUUAUUUUCUCUUUUCUUCCUGUGCUAGUAAAUUGUUUAUGAAAAUUUUGACUGUUUUAGUCUCAGUGGAAACAUUUAUUAUUGCUCAUAUUUGCUUCAUUUGCCAUGGAUGUAGCACUUUCUCAUGUGGUUUAAAUGAUUUCUGAAUUAUUGUGCUAUGAAACAUACCAAUGGUAAUAUUAGAUCUGUGCUUAUUCAGUAUGUAUGUCUUUCACUCAGAGCUGAGAGAAAAGUACAGGUGUAACAUCAGUCUUUUUCUAUUGGUGCAAUUAUCAGCUUUUCCUAUGUUAUCUGGAACAUUGUUAGUAGCAAUAAUGGUAGUUUGAUGACUGUUUAUUGAAUGAAAAGAAAUGGCAAACUUUUUCUUAAUAUAGGGCCAGUAUUUUAUGAGAAAUAGACAAUGUCUGUACAUGCAGAAGCUAAUGGAAAAUGUGUAGUAUUCCACAAAAAUUAGAAAUAAUAAUUAGUUAUAUCUUUUAUAUGAUGGUGUGUGUGUGUGUGUGUGUGUGUGUGUGUGUGUGUGUGUGUGUGUGUGUGUGCGCGCGUGUUAUAUAUAUUGAAUUUAUCUACCAAAGACCUAAUGUAUUUUACCACACACAAAUAUCAGUUUCUGAAGAUUAUAGUGCAUCUAUGUUUGUAAUUAUUCAUAAUAUUAUUAUUUAUAGUCUAAAGCAUUCUAUGAUUGGUAUGAAAAGUGCUUAUUGGUUCAUAUGUGUGUGUGCUGUAUAUUUGUUUUCAGUAUUACAGUCUGUUAGGUGCUUCAAGCUGUAUUUAAGUAUAGCAAGCUGUAUUUAAGUAUAGCAAGGAUUCACUCACAGCCCCAGUGUAUAAACUCAAUAUUAUUUGUGCCUGAGAGUAACUGUAUUUCAUGUUGUGUAAAUGUUGGUCUUUCUCAUUUAGUUGUUAUACUGUUUCAUUCCUUUAAUACAACUUGUGUCUUUUGUUAAUGUUGACUUUGUGGUUGUAAAUUUACCUGUGAAUGGGAAUUGUUAAACAUUUUUUGUAGAGAUCAAGUAUUUUGUAAGUACACCAUUCCAUUAUUGAGCAUUAGCAAAUUGUUACAAAGGGGGAGGGGGGGGGGUGCCCUCCACUUUCUUCAUAUGCUCCACCAGUGUUACAGUUUUCACUGUUGCUAUUGUCUGGCUGGUAAUACUAUUACUAUUAUUAUUUUUUAUAGCAGAUCUCAUUUACUCCCCAUCAUGUUAUUGCAAGUGCUAAACAUUUGUAUUUGACUGUUUUAAUGUAUCAGUUAUAUUUUAUUCCUCUGGUUAAAAAGAAAAAUGAGGUUCUGUAACCGAACAAGAGAAUAGAUUUCGUGGAUGUACUGUAACUAGCCUAUAAUCUUGAAACUGUGAAGCUGUGGUAAAGAAAUCAUAGUUUAAACAACACUAAUGACAUGCAGACCACUUUUCGUCAUUUAUUGUGCUUGACACUGAUUUAUAACAUUGUUUUUGCAUUAUAAUUUAUUUCAAUUGGUUGUGUCAGUUUUUUUGUCAGUGAUUAAAAAAACUUAACUAAAAGUGUAGUCCACAUGAGAUUAACUGUACAUGCUUCCAUUGAGUUAAAUGCAUACAAAAAAUAGAAACUGUUUUUUUAAAUUGAUUUGUAUUAAAAAUUAUAUUUCAUGCAUUUAUCUGAAAAUCUAUAUCAUCAGCUAUUUAUUAUGAUGAAAUGAAGUACCUUUAGUCACUAUUCAUCUUUUGACAACACAGGUGCUUGAAAUGGGGAGGGUCUGGGGAUUAUGAAAUGUGGCUACUGACUGUGCUUGGUUAACACAGUUACAAAAGUUGAACAAAUGAAUAAUUGUAGUAAGGGGCAAGCAGAAAACAAAAAGGUUGACUAUACCUGUUUCCAGAAUUUGUUUAAAAUAUUGGUAUAUGUGGCCUUUGCAGAAGACUGUUAUCACCAAUGCAUCUUUCAGCUAUUUUUGUAGUUACAUUUCAAACAUUCUGUUUAUAUAAUGUGUAGAAAUUUUGCUGCAUUAAGACAUUUUCUUUAUAAAAUCAAUUACUCCUUUUGUUGCAUCAGAAAUGGAAAAAUGGAAUAUUUGUAAUAGUUAAAAAAUUAAUAAACGGCAAAGUAAAUAAUUCUGAAAACAAAUGUGCUGGUUAAAGGCCAAUUUGUACUGAUGUGAUGUUUCUCAGUGAAUCACACUGAUUUGUAAAUGGGAUGGUAUAAAGGAACAGCAUUGUGUGUUGAAUAUUUGCCUCAAUUUCUCUUGUAACCGUUACACGCAUAGUGUUUGUUUCUGAAUGUUCUGUAUUAAUAUUUCUACUAUCUGGUGUCAGGAAGGAAAAAAAAUUUGAAGAUUUCAUCUACUCUCCAUGUGCCUUGGAGAAAGGAAUAGAGCUCAACAUAAAUAAAAUAUCUAGUAAAAUUCAAUUCCAGUUUUAUUUGUUGCGAUCAGCUUUAUAAAUCAAAAGAAAAAAUUGUAUAGGUUGCAGUUUUACAAUAAGACUGAUAUUUUAUGCACGUUUUGUACUAGAGACUCGUGGCUUGAUAAAUGUUUUCUUUCCUCAUCCAUGUUUAUAAUUCAGUCAUGUCAGUUGUAAUUGAUUCGCUGCAGGUACCAACAUAUAAAGGAUGUGGAUGACCUCCUGAAAGUAUACCAACCGCCAUAUUUUUUAUUUUGUGAUUUACAACCUGCAGUGUAUUUUUUUCUCUUAAGAUAGAAGUUUCUGUAGAUCUUUGUCAUCAAUUUAAAUUAAGUGUUUGAUCCAAGUAUUAGAGCUUUUCCCUCCAUCUAAUUAAGACUGUUAUUCAAAAUUCUCAGUGCGGUGAUCCAUUUACCAGCAUCAAAAAUUAAAACACUGUUUAACUAUUCCAUAUAUUUGCAUUAUUCAGAUUAGCUGUCAUUUCAUCAACUGUAAAAGAAAAAGGUAUUGUGUGUGGGGUGGGGGGAGGUUAAGAGUUGUGAUAGUGCCACAAGCAAGCAGUGCACAACAAAUUGUCAUAUCCAAAUGCUCCUCACAUGUUGAGUGAAAAGAGCCAGCUUGUCCUUGGGCCAUCUCAAAAUUAAGUUACAUAUUACAGUCAGAAUUGGUUAGCAAUUAUCUGUUCAGUAUAUUUUUGUAUUUCAUGUGUUUGUGUGUGCUUUUUUCUGUUGUUUAGGAUAAUCAUGUUUUAUAUUCUCUGCCCCCCCACCCCACGCCCCUUUUUUCCCAUUUUUUUUCUUACCUGAGUUGACUUACAAAUAAAAUGCAGUUCACUCUUUUCGUUUAUCUCUCUUAAGCUGUGUAUCAGCAAUUUCCUUCGUCCUUGUAGAUUAACAAAAAUGUAUUUUUCUACGUAUUUGAUAAAAAAAAUAUUUCACUGAGGAACAGAUGAAUAAUGAUCUAAGUGUUAAUUUUGUAGCGCUAUCUGCAAGUAUUGUAACAAAUCCAAUAAACACUUAUCAGGCAUGAAAAUCAUCAGUGAAAGAAAUCUAACAGUGCAUGUUAGAAUGUUAAAUAUCAUGCAACACUACUGAUUGUUUUUAGUCUGAGUAUGGGUGACUAUUAUUAUUAUUAUUAUUAUUAUUAUUAUUAUUAUUAUGUCACCACCACUGCCUUUACCACCAUUGCAGUUUAAUGUCCUGUUAAGAGUGAGGUCACUAGUUAUGGAAUAAUUCUGUUAAUGUCAGCAUGUAAAUUGUAGAUUGCUCCAUGAAGUUGGAAAAAUCUCAUUUUAUGAAGCACUUGAAUUGUAACAUUUUAAGAAACUCUGUAUCACUACUAAUAUAUUCCUUAAAAUUAGAAAACAAUUUUUAUGUAACUUGUAUGCACUAUUGGUAAAUGCUGAUGUUUCUUAUCAUCAUCAGUUGUUAAUUUUUAUCUGUUAUGUAUUGGCCUCAUCAAACACCACCAGAUUCACAUUUUCUGUCGGUACAUCAUUUAUAGUAAUUCUACCAAAGUUGUUAAUAUUUCCAUAAUAUGUUUAUAAUUCAGACAUUAUUUAAUUUAUGUUAUUAUGUAUAAUGAUUGUGGUGAAGUGGUUGCUAUCCUGGAUGUAUGGGUAACAGGGCAUUGAUAUUGUUCUUGUUUGAAGUAUUUGUUCCAUGUAUGCUUUGUUGAUUAAAAUCAAUAUUUUAAA